GUCGGGCCGGAAGCCAGGCUGGGCCACGUCUGCGAGGUCUGAGUAGGUUGGUUUGGUGCGCACUGCGCGGCCGCGUCUCGCCUGUGGAGAGAACGUUCUUGCUCCAGAUCUAGGCAUGGAUCUGGAGGCCGUGUGUAAGCGCUCGGCGCUCCAUGCCAAGCCUCGGGGGCUCAUUCUUCAGUAUGGGACUGCUGGAUUUCGGACGAAUGCCCAGCAUCUCGAUCAUAUCAUGUUUCGAAUGGGAUUGCUAGCUGUCCUGAGGUCAAAGCAGACAAGAUCUACCAUCGGAGUCAUGGUUACGGCCUCACACAAUCCUGAGGAAGACAAUGGUGUGAAAUUGGUUGAUCCUUUGGGGGAAAUGUUGGCCCCUUCCUGGGAGGAGCAUGCCACCUGUCUCGCCAGUGCCGAGGAGCAGGACAUGCCACAGGUGCUUGCUGCCAUCGUGGAGAAAGAAGCUGUGGAUCUGACGCAGACCGCCUUCGUAGUCAUUGCUAGAGACACCAGGCCCAGCAGUGAGAAACUUUCACAGUCUGUAAUAGACGGCGUGACUGUUUUAGGAGGUCAAUUCCAUGAUUAUGGCCUGUUGACCACACCGCAGCUGCACUACAUGGUGUAUUGCCGGAAUUCCGGAGGCCGGUAUGGACAGGCCACCAUAGAAGGCUACUGCCAGAAGCUCUCCAAAGCUUUUGUAGACCUUACAAAACAGGUUUCCUGCAGUGGAGAUGGAAAGAGGUCGGUUAAGGUUGACUGUGCCAACGGCAUAGGGGCCUUGAAGCUAAAAGAAAUGGAACACUACUUCUCCCAGGGACUGUCUGUUCUGCUGUUUAAUGAUGGGACCCAAGGGCAGCUCAACCACCUGUGCGGUGCUGACUUUGUGAAAAGUCAACAGAAACCCCCACAGGGAAUGGAAAUGAAGUCUGGUGAAAGAUGCUGCUCCUUCGAUGGGGAUGCGGACAGGAUCGUGUAUUACUACUGUGAUGCAGCUGGUCACUUUCAUCUCAUAGAUGGAGACAAAAUUGCGACGUUAAUUAGCUCUUUCCUUAAAGAGCUACUGUUGGAGAUUGGAGAAAGUCUGAACCUCGGUGUCGUACAGACAGCAUAUGCAAAUGGAAGUUCCACGCGAUACCUUGAAGAAGUUAUGAAGGUACCUGUGUAUUGCACCAAAACUGGUGUAAAACAUUUGCAUCAUAAGGCUCAAGAAUUUGACAUUGGAGUUUAUUUUGAAGCGAACGGGCAUGGCACAGCACUGUUCAGUGAAGCAGUUGAGGGGAAGAUAAGACGACUAGCCCAAGAACUAGAAGAUGAAAAAGGAAAAGCAGCCAGGAUGCUUGCGAGCAUCAUCGACUUAUUCAACCAGGCAGCUGGAGAUGCUAUUUCUGACAUGUUGGUGAUUGAGGCUAUCCUGGCUCUGAAGGGGCUGACUGUACAGCAGUGGGAUGCUAUUUAUGUCGAUCUUCCUAACAGACAACUCAAAGUUAAGGUCGCAGACAGGAGAGUUAUUAGCACCACGGAUGCUGAAAGACAAGCAGUCACUCCACCAGGACUCCAAGAGGCAAUCAAUGACCUGGUGAAGAAGUACAAGCUUGCCCGAGCUUUUGUACGGCCCUCUGGUACUGAAGACAUUGUCCGAGUAUAUGCAGAAGCCAACUCACAAGAAAGUGCAGAUAGGCUUGCCUAUGAAGUGAGCUUGGUGGUGUUCCAGUUGGCUGGAGGCAUUGGAGAAAGACCACAACCAACUUUCUGAAGAUAAAUUUUAUAUUCUGGAGAAGUGGACUUCUAAAAUGUUUCUAUAACACUUUAUAAUACUGGCAGUACUAAGGCAUUUGUAAUCAUGACAUUAACAUGUCAUGCAUGUUAAUGAAUUAUUUCUAGAUAUGUUUUUAAAUGCUACCAGGAAAAAAAUGUUUAGAAGCUCUAAAUCUUAGACUUGGAAAUGAAGCUUACCUCUGAUUUUAAUCUGUAUUAAGUUUUAAUAGUUCAAGUGUCAUUAUUUUUACAGGGUAUGAAGUGAAUUCAUGAAGGGUAUUGGGAAAUUAAACUUUACUACCAACUAACUCUUUGCAGCACCUUUCGAUUGCUUACCUAACCAAGAUGUUUUGUAGCACUGACCUACCUGGUUCAGAUGGGGAGAUUUCGUAUGAACCAAUUUCCCAUGCGGAUCUUAAUGUGAGGAAGAAUGACUGACUUGUUUGCUUAGCAGCAUCAGAACUGGCAGAUGGCCCAUCUUUCAUUGUACUGACAGAGCUCUGUUCUGUGCCCACUAGAGUGUGUGGUCCAGGCUUCAGCUACUCUUUAGUGCUCAAGGAAGGGACACAGUUCCAUCUUAUACAAGAAGCCUCUGACAACCAAGUGACCAUUCUGAUACUAGGACAUUAUUAACCACAGAAAGAAGAAAAACAACACAAUUAAAUGAGGCUUGAGACCAAGCAGGAAAAAAGAAAACAUGGUGUGUAUUUUGCAGGUUUAAGACAACCCAAGACAGUGAAACAAUGGACUAUAUAUGCAAAUAUAGACCUCAUAGGCACCAUCAGUAUGAGCCACCUAUAUAUUUAAACUUGAUUCAGGCCACAUUCAGACAUAAGCUCUUAUUUACAAAUAUUUAAAUUAAAUACAACCUGAAUAAUGCUUUGUUACAUAUACACAUAUAUA